AAGUGGCUCUGCUGGGAUGAUGUACUUCCUUGAGAGCGGAUAUCCAUUUGACAGUUGGACUUCCGUACUUCGCUAUAAGCAUUCGGCAGUGUUGACCAAGCCGAGUUUCACCAGGCCAAGAAGGUGGGGAUAAUGAUCUCUCUAUUUGGGGACACCAUGUGACCUGCGCUCCGACGCCCAGCAGCGUACAGUUUCCUCCACCCCCGAACCUGUAAGUUUGACAGCUGCACGGUCAGCCCACGCUACAUGUAAACGGUCACCAGCGUCACUGUACAGUUCAGUAGCAAUACGGUCUUACUGGACGAUCCGCUCAGGUGGAAAGCUUAGAGCGCAUAUGGCUUGGCAAUGAGAUCACUUGUUGACAACGUCUAUUUCCCUUUGGUAGAUGAACUCUGAUGCAGGCAGUCUCCUUAAAUCCGAAAGUACACGGCUACUGCAAACAAUGAUGUCGAAAGUACUAUCUUCUGUAACAGGCAUGAGCAACAGUACCGACGAACUUGUGAGGUGGGACGACAGCAAUGUCGAACCAGAUAUUCCCAAUGAGGACGAGCUGGUUCAGCAGCUCAUUGAGAUCGUCAAUACCAUGCAACAGAAGAACUUUGCCCGCCAUCGACAUGGCUUCCGUGGUACCCACGUCAAAGUCCAAGCGAUCGUAAAAGGGUCAAUGACUGUCGAGAAGAACCUGCCUCACCACUUGGCUCAGGGAAUGUUCAGCAAAGGCGGCGAAACAUAUCCGUUAGCGAUCCGCUACGCCAACGAGCCGAGCUUCUUACAGGACGAUCGUGCACCAGGACCGAGAGGCUGUGGCAUGAAAGUCUUCGGGGUGGACGGCACGUUCCUCAGCCCCGAAGGUGAGAAUGCGAAGACCCAGGACUUCACUUUCAACAAUGCACCAUUGCUCGAGCUGACGGACUUGCCGACGUGCGUCGAGAUAUUCGAUAUCCGAAACCGGCAUUUCGAUGAUAAGAACGGCCGUGAGUCGGAGAUCGGCAAAAGGCAGGACAAGGACCUUCAGUUUGCUCCAGCCGGGUUACCAAACCAACACUUCAUGUCGUAUACAAUGUAUAGCCAGUCUGCGUACCGAUACGGUGAGAAUGUAGCCAAGUAUGUCAUGUUCCCAACCGGCCAGUUUCAGCAGGAUCUCGCAGAAAGGGCGCAGAUCACAGACAGCAGUGACCGGGAACAACACUCCAUCUGGCUCCGACAGUACUUUCAGCAGCACGAUGCUGAGUUCGACUUUCGUGUUCAACUCUGUCGUAAACUCGAAGAACAGAGUGUGGAAGACACGUCAAAGCCAUGGAAUGAGGAGAAGUAUCCUUUCGAGACCGUUGCGAAGAUCACGCUGCCAAAGGGGCAAGAUGUAUUCGAAUCGAAGCGAAGGGCGUUUUGGGACGACCAUAUGAAGCUCAACGUCUGGUACGGACUCGAGGCUCACAAGCCCUUGGGCUCUGUCAACCGUCUGCGAAAGGAGCUGUACAAGGCAAGCGUCGUUAAGCGGGCGGAGCUGAAUGCUGCGGACGUGAAGUACGUGAGCAGUGUAGAUGAUAUUCCGUGAAGUCUAGAUCAAAAUAAUCAUUCCCUC